UUCUAGGGUUUCACUUUUCCGCCACACCUUCGCUAAUAACCAUGGGCAGGAGACCAGCUAGGUGUUACCGUCAGAUCAAAAACAAGCCUUACCCAAAAUCACGCUACUGCCGUGGUGUCCCUGACUCUAAGAUUAGGAUUUAUGAUGUUGGAAUGAAGAAGAAAGGGGUGGAUGAGUUCCCCUUCUGUGUCCAUUUGGUUUCUUGGGAGAAAGAAAACGUUUCCAGUGAAGCACUUGAAGCUGCCCGAAUUGCUUGCAACAAGUACAUGGCAAAAUAUGCGGGAAAGGAUGCCUUCCAUUUGCGUGUCCGUGUUCACCCAUUCCAUGUCUUGCGUAUCAACAAGAUGCUUUCCUGUGCUGGAGCUGAUAGGCUUCAGACGGGCAUGAGAGGUGCUUUUGGUAAACCUCAGGGUACUUGUGCCCGAGUGGCAAUUGGUCAGGUCCUCCUUUCUGUUCGAUGCAAGGACAGCAACAGCCAUCAUGCACAGGAGGCCCUCCGCCGUGCAAAGUUCAAGUUCCCUGGUCGCCAAAAGAUCAUUGUCAGCAGGAAGUGGGGUUUUACCAAGUUCAGUCGUACUGAUUAUUUGAAAUACAAGUCAGAGAAUCGAAUUGUACCUGAUGGUGUUAAUGCUAAGCUUCUUGGGCGCCAUGGACCUUUGGCAGCUCGUGAACCAGGAAGAGCUUUUCUGUCCUCUGCCACUGCUUGAGGUCAUCGGUGCUGGAGUCUUGGAGCAUUCUUGAAGAAACCUAGCUAUAACUUAGCGUUUUUGAGCAUUUAUGAUUAAUGUUACUGUUGGAACGUGGCACAGUUGUUGUGUUUAAGUACUUUUAUCUGAAUUUUGUGAUAUUGCUUGAAUUUGUCUCUGGAUUUGCAUUUUUUUUUUAGCAUUUUUGCGUGGAUCUUCACUCCUAGUGAUUAUCAAGUUGUUAAUUGCUGGUUGCUUCCUUAGCAUAUCGUUUAAUUUAUUUAUUUUUUUAAAUGAAGUAGAUAAACCAAA